UCUGAUCUGCCACUUAGCAGCUUCCGGUAGUGGCCCACUCUUGAGGCCUGGUGAAAAAUAAUCAGUGCAAUAAUGUUCUGCAGUAAAAAGAAACCACUUGAAGAGAAACGGAUAGUGAAAGCCAAUGACCGUGAAUAUAAUGAAAAGUUUCAGUACACGGAUAAUCGUAUCCAUACAUCCAAGUACAACAUUCUCACCUUCUUGCCAAUUAAUUUAUUUGAACAGUUCCAAAGAGUGGCAAAUGCUUAUUUCCUUUUUCUUCUGAUUUUACAGCUGAUUCCUGAAAUUUCCUCCUUGUCUUGGUUUACCACCAUUGUGCCUUUGGUCCUGGUGAUAACUAUGACAGCUGUCAAAGAUGCCACAGAUGACUAUUUCCGCCACAAGAGUGAUAAUCAAGUGAAUAAUCGGCAAUCUGAAGUGCUCAUUGACAACAACCUGCAGAAAGAAAAAUGGAUGAAUGUUAAAGUGGGAGACAUCAUUAAAUUAGAAAAUAACCAAUUUAUUACUGCCGAUCUACUUCUCCUAUCAAGUAGUGAGCCACAUGGUCUUUGUUACAUUGAAACUGCUGAGCUUGAUGGGGAAACGAACCUUAAAGUUCGCCAUGCACUAUCAGUUACCUCAGCACUUGGAGAAGAUAUUAGCAGACUUGCAAAGUUUGAUGGGAUUGUUGCCUGUGAAGCGCCUAACAACAAAUUAGAUAAAUUCAUGGGAGUUCUCUCUUGGAAGGACAGCAAGCACUCCCUCAACAAUGAGAACAUAAUCCUGAGGGGCUGUGUCCUGAGAAACACCAGCUGGUGUUUUGGAAUGGUUAUUUUUGCAGGUCCUGACACUAAACUAAUGCAGAACAGUGGAAAGACAAAGUUUAAAAGGACAAGCAUUGAUAGAUUGAUGAAUACUCUAGUACUAUGGAUUUUUGGGUUUCUGGUAUGCUUGGGAAUUAUUCUUGCAAUAGGAAAUUCGAUCUGGGAGAAUCAAGUUGGGGAGCAAUUCAGAACUUUCCUUUUCUGGAAGGAAGGAGAGAAGAACUCUGUGUUCUCGGGAUUCUUAACAUUCUGGUCAUAUAUUAUUAUUCUCAACACAGUUGUACCCAUUUCAUUAUAUGUGAGUGUGGAAGUAAUUCGUCUGGGACACAGUUAUUUUAUAAACUGGGAUCGGAAGAUGUAUUACUCUGAGAGAGCAACACCUGCUGAAGCUCGAACGACCACACUCAACGAGGAACUGGGCCAGAUUGAAUAUGUUUUCUCUGACAAAACGGGCACCCUCACACAAAACAUCAUGACUUUUAAAAAAUGUUCCAUUAAUGGGAGAAUCUAUGGUGAAGCCCUUGAUGACAUGGGUGAGAAGACAGACAUAAUUAAGAAAAAAAAGCUGGUGGAUUUCUUAGUCAACCCCCAAGGAGAUAAAACAGUUCAGUUCUCUGACCACUGUCUGAUGGAAUCCAUUAAACUGGGUGACCCCAAAGUGCAUGAAUUUCUGCGGUUACUUGCUCUCUGCCACACUGUAAUGCCAGAGGAAAACAGUGCAGGACAGCUCAUUUAUCAAGUUCAGUCACCUGAUGAAGGAGCCCUAGUGACUGCCGCAAGAAAUUUGGGGUUCAUUUUUAAGUCUCGGACCCCAGAGACAAUAACAAUAGAAGAAUUGGGAACCCUAGUUACUUAUCAAUUGAUUGCCUUUUUGGAUUUCAACAAUAUCAGAAAAAGGAUGUCUGUCAUAGUUAGAAACCCGGAAGGACAGAUAAAGCUUUAUUCCAAAGGAGCAGACACUAUUCUGUUUGAAAAACUUCAUCCAUCCAAUGAAGACCUUCUGACUUUGACGUCAGACCAUAUCAGUGAAUUUGCAGGGGAAGGUCUUCGAACCUUGGCCAUCGCCUACAGAGAUCUGGAUGAAAAGUACUUUAAAGAGUGGCAUAAGAUGCUUGAAGAGGCAAAUGCUGCCACAGAUGCAAGGGAUGAACGGAUAGCUGGGCUGUAUGAAGAAAUCGAAAGAGAUUUGAUGCUUCUAGGUGCCACUGCUGUAGAGGAUAAGUUACAAGAGGGUGUUAUUGAAACGGUUACAAGUUUAUUACUAGCCAAUAUUAAGAUCUGGGUCCUAACAGGAGACAAACAAGAAACUGCCAUCAACAUUGGCUAUGCCUGCAACAUGCUGACCGAUGACAUGAAUGAAGUGUUCAUUAUAGCUGGGAACUCAGCAGUGGAAGUCAGAGAAGAACUCAGGAAAGCAAAGGCAGAUAUGUUUGGACAAAACAGAAGUUCUUCCAAUGGCCAUGUAGUUUUUGAAAAAAAGCAGCAGCUGGAGCUGGACUCAGUUGUAGAAGAAACCAUAACAGGAGAUUAUGCCUUAAUCAUAAAUGGUCACAGUUUGGCCCAUGCCCUAGAAAGUGAUGUCAAGAAUGAUCUCCUAGAACUUGCCUGUAUGUGUAAGACUGUGGUGUGCUGCCGGGUCACGCCACUCCAGAAAGCCCAAGUAGUGGAGCUGGUGAAGAAACACAGAAAUGCUGUCACUUUGGCCAUAGGUGAUGGAGCCAAUGAUGUCAGCAUGAUCAAAAGUGCUCACAUUGGUAUUGGAAUCAGCGGCCAGGAGGGACUGCAGGCAGUCUUAGCCAGCGACUAUUCAUUUGCUCAGUUUAGAUACCUCCAAAGGCUUCUCCUUGUUCACGGAAGGUGGUCCUAUUUCCGAAUGUGCAAAUUCUUAUGCUAUUUCUUCUAUAAGAAUUUUGCAUUCACACUUGUGCAUUUCUGGUUUGGUUUCUUCUGUGGUUUCUCAGCCCAGACUGUCUAUGACCAGUGGUUUAUUACCCUUUUUAACAUUGUCUACACAUCACUUCCUGUUUUAGCCAUGGGGAUUUUUGACCAGGAUGUAAGUGACCAGAACAGCAUGGACCGUCCCCAGCUCUACAAACCUGGACAGCUGAAUCUACUUUUUAACAAGCGUAAAUUUUUCAUCUGCAUGGCACAUGGAAUCUACACCUCAUUCGCCCUUUUCUUCAUUCCCUAUGGGGCCUUUUACAACGUGGCUGGAGACGAUGGGCAGCACGUGGCCGACUACCAGUCUUUCGCAGUCACCAUAGCAACAUCUUUGGUCAUGGUGGUCAGCGUGCAGAUAGCCUUGGAUACCAGUUACUGGACUGCCAUUAAUCACGUCUUCAUAUGGGGCAGCAUUGCCACUUACUUCUCUAUUUUAUUUGCAAUGCACAGCAAUGGCAUCUUUGACAUCUUCCCAAACCAGUUUUCGUUUGUUGGAAAUGCACAGAAUUCCUUGAGCCAGAAGUGUAUCUGGCUUGUUAUUCUCCUAACGACAGUGGCUUCAGUUAUUCCUGUGCUGGCAUUCAGAUUUCUGAAGGUGAACUUAUUCCCGACCCUGAGCGAUCAGAUCCGCCAGUGGCAGAAAGCUCAAAGGAAGGCAAGGCCUCAGCUACGCCAAAGACCUCAGACUCGUAGAUCAAGCUCAAGAAGAUCUGGAUAUGCUUUUGCUCACCAAGAGGGCUAUGGAGAGCUUAUCACAUCUGGAAAAAAUAUGCGAGCUAAAAAUCCACCCCCAACAUCAGGGUUGGAAAAGACACUGUCUAAUAGCACUAGCUGGAUUGAAAAUUUAUGUAAGAAAACCACAGACACAGUGAGCAGCUUUAACCACACUAAAACAGUAAAACUGUGAGUCAAGAUGAAUUUGAACCACAUAGUUAUCUUUUCACUUCAGCUGGAGCUGCAAUUCAGCUGGCUCCGAUGUUUGGGAUCGGGGCUAGGAGUGGGGCAGAUUGCCUCACUUAGCUUAAAUCUAUGGCAGACAGCUGCUGGGCCUCAUCAAAUAGAGGUGUACUCUGCUGGAAACAAACCCAGAUGGUCACUACAUAAUUCGUGAUUUGGCAGACAAAACCCUCACAAUAUAAGCACAGGUUUUCAUCAAAUUAGAUACCAAUUGACCCAAACUUUAGAAUUUUAUUUAUGAAGAAAAACUUGUACAUAUACAUUGAAUGGAUCUUCAG